AUGACGAGCAGCACUACCUUUGUGAGCUGCCUGUUGAUGGACGUUGGGGAAAGAGCUUGCGCGAGCGGUUGCUUCCAUCCUCUAUCCCAAGCAUGCCUCUCCCUCCUGAGCAACCGUUUUGCUGCUGAUCCGAAGCAUGUGGCGGCAGUGGUCGCCUAUGGCAGCAGUACCACACACAACCCUCUUGCUGCGGCCUAUGCUGAAGCGAAGCAAUACCUGCAUAUCGAAGUCUUGAGGAACUUUCUGCCCAUCGACUGGCAGCUGAUCUCGGAGUUGGGGAAAGCCCUAAAGCCAGGAGGACAGCCAGGAGACCUCCUGGAUGCAUGCAUCGUCGCGACUGAUUUAUACCAAAAGGCCUACGCGAAACAAAUAGAACAGAAAAAGGUUAAAUGCUUUUUUUAUUUGUUUAGCGGGCCCGAGUCCUUCGUGGCAGAUGGGGAUGCGGGAGUCGUCAGGCAAUAUAUGCGGGAUGCUGGCAUUUAUGCAAUCCGCAUCUUUGCAGGGGGUAAACCUGCGUCGAGGGAUAGUGAAGGUGGCUUCUUUGACAGCGAGAUAUAUCUUCCAGAUUUUGUGAACCUGUGCCGAUUGUAUGUUCCUGUGCGCGCAAAAAGAACUGUGGCCAAGGCUCGUAUGCCUUUGCAGCUAUCGCCAUCCGUUGGCGUUGCUGUCUCUGUUUAUAUUCUGGCGAAGCAAGAGCCGCUUCCGCCACUCCGCAAGCGCCUCAAAGUCUGCCCUCCUCCCUCUCGAGAAGGGCUGAUGGAGGGAGGGCCAAGAGGUGAAGGUCGUCAUCGUGCACCGCAGUACGUGGCUCUAACAUCAGAGAGAUUCUUCUGCAGAGUGGAUGAUCCCGAGCAGCAGCCGGUAGCGGCUGUAUGCAAAAGCGAAGCAAUCGAGGAAGUCGAGGGCGAUGACAGUGCAGAGGGGAGAGUAGACUAUCGUCCUACUAAAGCCGCAGGUACUCCCGCAGUCGAAAGUAUUGCUUACGCCGUUCCCCUAGGGAAAGACCUCAUCCCCGUAUCUGCGUUCGAGGUCAAUGCCCACUUGGCGCUCAAGACGGAAAAAGGAAUUGUUCUUUUGGGCGUUCUUCCGAUCGCUAAGAUCAAGAGAUGGUGGUUCUCGGGUAGCAGCGAGGUGGUCGUGGCGAGUGAGGGUGAUGCCACUAGCGGUGUUGCGGUGUCUGCCCUAUUCUGGGCAUGCGUGCGGCUGGACUGCGCGUUGCUUUGUCGUUAUACGGGACGGCCAAACUCCCUCCCCCGACCGGCGCUGCUGAUUCCCCGCCUCUGCUGCCAGCAGAACUGGAAGGAAGCCGUGUUGAGUGGCCUUCAGAGCCAGACCAUUCAGCAAGCUUUCUGCCUGGCGCUCCUGCCUUUUGCAGAUGACGUCGCAUCCACUGUUCACCCGAUGCCUCCCCCCUCGCAUCCUGCGGAAGUGGCAGCCAUGAAAUCGCUGAUUGGUCGUCUGAGCCUCUGCCCGCGCAUCCGGCCUGAUGCCUCUCGAACUGCGCUCUCUAGAGAUGCGCCUAGUGGGACACCUUCUUGUCACGGCUCUAGCGUCUGCAAACACAUACACCCCUUGUGCUGCCCCCUGUCGGCCUACCCUGCAGCAGAGGACCCCCCCUUCUCUACAAACGCUAACCCUUCCUUUCUGCCUAAGUCCUCCAGAGCCUUCGGAGAGCUGGGAACCCUCCUAAACCCCCUGCUCAUCCCCAACCCCACAAUGCAACGCUUUCUGAGACUCGUUGCAGACAAGAUCCAGGCCGUUGCGGCUGCAGGCCUGCAGCAACAGGACGAGCAGCGCGGCUUUCCGCAGCAACAGCAAAGCGGCUAUCGCACAGGAUACGAAGAGCUGCUCAGGGCGAUGGAUGACCUCCUAGAGGCGACGGCCUUCACCCCGGAAGAGGCAGCAGCACCUACAGCAGCUGCUGCAGGUGCAGACAGUCGUCCCAAAGGUGACCCUCUACUGUGUCAGUUAUUUCCGCUGGUGGCGGCGGGCCCUCUGGUAGAUGUGGAUGCUGCACUGUUUGCGGCACGAGGCCUAGAGGCAGGGGUUCGCUCCGAGGAGCUCUCGCGCAAGGAACAAGUACUAAGUCUAAACGAUAUCAAACUGCAAGAGCAGUCGCAGACAGCAUUCUGGGAUACAGAUUCACUUUACACGGGGCUAGACAGCCAGCAGCAGCAGGGUCAGCAGCAGCCAAAGCAGCAUGACCAACGGGCGUAUGCCGUAGGGUCCAUAAAUCCCGUAAGAGACUUUGAAGUUAUGCUCGCUAGCAGAGAAACCAAUCUCACGAAGAAAAGGGCGAUUACAGAAAUGCAACAAAUUAUUCUGGAGCUGCUGGGACGCGCCGACGAGCAAGAGACUGCUGCUGAUGCUACUGAGGCUAGCGGUGUCGUGAAAUUCCAACAGCAGCAGCAAGUGUGUGGUGGGAUGGCUUCUCGGUACCUCGUUAGGGCCAUGAUGUGCAUGGAGGCCCUUCGAUCCGGCUGUGUGCGAGAGCGAGAAGGAAAAUUGUUUAAUGGCUUCUUGCGGCAGCUCCAACAGCUGGCCAGACCCGAGCAGUCAGACGCUGCUGCGUCUGGCGAAACACAGCCAACUCCAACGGGGGUACGCCUUUUCUGGGAUGUAUUUCUGUCCGAGAGAAAAUUGCCGCUGAUUACUACAGAGGAAGAUCCUCAUGCAGAAGUUGCCCCUCAUGAUGCAAUCUGUAUAUACACCCCAGCUCCUACGCAACAGCAGCAGCAGCAGCAACAACAACAGCAGCAGCAGACUUUCAGCACUGCUAGCAGUAGGCUGACGGCUCCCCCCCUCAAUACGGCUGGUAGUAGUAGUGGUAGUAGUAGUGGUGGUACUCACGGUGCUGUUUUGGGAGAGGAUUUAGAGAGUAAAAGGGACGACGGAGCGCUCGCAAAAGGGGCAUGA